AGGGGAGAUAUUAUGAGGCUGUUGUCAUUAGGGCGAUCGCUGUUGAAUCACUGAAUCCUGACUCGGCGGCGGCGUGGGGCCGUGUGUGUGUGAGUGCGUGUGCGUGUGGGGUGUGUGUGAGCGCGCGUGUGCGUGUGCCCGCGUGUGCGUGUGAGUGUGUGUGCCCCCGUGCCUCUAUGUGGCUGUGUGUGCGUGUGCGGGUGUGGAUGCGUGCGCGGUGCGUGUGCCCUUUCCUCCCUUCUUCCUCCCUUUCUUUCUUUUCUCCUUGAUUUAUCUCCCCCUCUCCCCGGUCAUCCCAUGGUGUUCAGGUCCCCGCUAGAGCUUUAUCCCACCCAUUUCUUCUUGCCAAACUUCGCCGCCGAUCCGCACCACCGCUCCCUCCUUCUCGCCAGCGGCGGCGGCGGCGGCGGCAGCGGCAGCGGCUCGGGCUGCAGCCCCGGUGCCGGCGGCGGUGGAGGCGGCAGCUCCCGGGCACCCCACGAAGAGUUGUCAAUGUUUCAGCUGCCCACACUCAACUUCUCCCCGGAGCAAGUGGCCAGCGUCUGCGAGACGCUGGAGGAGACUGGAGACAUAGAAAGGCUGGGGAGGUUUCUCUGGUCGCUGCCGGUGGCGCCGGGGGCAUGCGAGGCCAUCAACAAGCACGAGUCCAUCCUCCGCGCCCGGGCGGUGGUGGCCUUCCACACGGGCAACUUCCGAGACCUCUACCACAUCCUGGAGAACCACAAAUUCACCAAGGAGUCCCACGGCAAGUUGCAGGCCAUGUGGCUCGAAGCGCACUACCAGGAGGCCGAGAAGCUAAGGGGUCGCCCGCUGGGGCCGGUUGAUAAAUACAGGGUGAGGAAGAAGUUUCCGCUGCCCAGGACCAUUUGGGAUGGCGAGCAGAAGACGCACUGCUUCAAGGAGAGGACUCGCAGCCUCCUGAGGGAGUGGUACCUGCAGGACCCUUACCCCAACCCCAGCAAGAAAAGGGAACUGGCUCAGGCCACGGGGCUCACCCCCACGCAAGUAGGCAACUGGUUCAAAAACCGAAGGCAAAGAGACAGAGCAGCGGCGGCUAAAAACAGGCUCCAGCACCAGGCGAUAGGACAGAGCGGCAUGCGGUCGCUGGCAGAGCCCGGCUGCCCGACACACAGCUCGGCCGAGUCUCCGUCCACGGCGGCCAGCCCGACCACCAGCGUCUCCAGUUUGACAGAAAGAGCCGAGACGGGCACCUCCAUCCUCUCGGACAAGCACGAUUUCUCCUUUGCGCUUUUCCAUGGACGCAUUUCACCCACUUGCAUGAUGAUGAUGAUUAAAUUUGUAUCUGGGAAAAAAUAUUGUCUAUAGUAAAGGAAAUCAAACAGAAACCAGACAAACAAAUGCAAACUCCGAUCGAAUUUGUACAAAAAUCAAAAAUAAAAAAAAAAUUUAAAAGGAACUCCUUGAAGAGGGAAAUAACAAAUGUUUAUCACCUUUUUGUUGGUCCUAUUUCUCUUUCUCUCUUCCUCUCUCUUUCUCUGUCUUUUUUUUUUUUUUUUUUUUUUUUUUUUUUAGUCCGAGUGAUGGUCCAGCCAAGAUGCAAUUUUCUGUUUUUUUGUUCUGCAGACAAUCAUUUUAUUCGUAAGCACCUUUUUUUCUACACUUCUGUCACUGCCUGUGUGGGUACUGGUUAUAAAUGUGGAAAAAGAAUAGUUAUGACUGUAACAGAUUUUUAUUUUUAUUUCAAAAUUUUAUAUGAAUUAUGUAUAUCUUAAUGAUGCGGUCAUUUUCCCAGUUUGUAAUAUAUGUGUAGAAAUGCUUGUAUAUGAUAUUUGCUCUCCUCUUUCUUCCUCCCCUCUCUCUAUCUCCCUCCAACCCUUUCUCUCUCUCUCCUUUUUAUUUUCCUUGACUCGGUGUUCCUUGCACAAACUUAGCCGUCAAAAUCUGACGUGCUAGGUUUCCAAAAGGGACCUCAGCUAUAGAAAAAAAAAAAAAAAAAAAAAAGAAAAAAAAAAGCUUAGGGUGCAACUGUAGUUAUCUUAUGCAAAAGCUAUUUUGAGUAUUUCAUAGCAGCUUUGGGGGGUCUCUUCUUAAACUCCACGUAGGACGCUUAAACUAUUGUUUCCUUAACUGCGUGUUUAUCUAUAUGUACAAACUUUCUAAA